AUGUCGUUCACUUCAGUCCCCAUACUAGAUCUGGCUCUAGCUAGGGAUCCCGAGACAAAGCCGCAGUUCCUAGUCGAUCUACAACAUGCUCUAAUGGAAGUCGGAUUUCUAUAUCUCAAGAACGUCGGUAUUCCGGAUGAACUAUGGCAACAAGUCAUAUCAGAAGGCAAGACCUUCUUCGAUAUACCAAAAGAAGAAAAACUUAAGAUCGAAAUGAAAAACGCACCCUCAUUCCUCGGCUACUCACAACUCUCCGCCGAAAUCACAGCAGGUAAAAUCGACCACCGCGAACAAAUCGACCUCUCAACCGAACACCCAAUCCCGGGCCCCGACGCCCCUCUCUACGAAAACCUGCUCGCGCCAAACCAAUGGCCGUCUUCUGCCGUGCUACCCGCUUUUCGGGAUGUAUACGCGGAGUAUAUGCGGCGGAUGGGCGUUAUAUCCAUAGAAUUCACCUCGCUAAUCGCUGAAGCGAUCGGUUUGCCCUCCGACGCGUUUAAUCGGUACUUCGAGCGGGACCAACAGCAUAAACUGAAAAUCGUAAAGUACCCUGAUGUAUCUGAACUAGGCCUAGGAGAUGGAAUCGAGGGGCAAGGUGUGGGUCCGCAUAAAGAUAGUAUGUUGACGAGUUAUCUCCUGCAAGCGAGCCAGCAUAAGGGAUUACAAGUCCAGAAUAUGCAGGGGGAAUGGAUUGAUUGCCCGCCGGUUGAUGAUACGUUGGUUGUUGCGAUUGGCCAGGGUAUGGAGGCGUUGACGCAGGGCGUCUGCGCUUCGACUACGCAUCGUGUGCUUUCACCGGCCGCGGGGCGGGGGGCUAGGUUCUCGAUUCCGUUUUUUCAGGGCGUGCGCGCGUCGACAACGUUUGAGGAGUUGGAUGAGGUGGGUGUGGGACAGGUACCGGAGGCUGCGCGGAAGAGGAGGCAAGAGGUUUUGGAGAAGAAUGGGGGUGCGAGGUUGGAUGAUGUCGAGUUUACGUUUCGCAAGGGCGGCGCGGCGAGUACGUUGGGUGAGGCUACGCUGAGGAAUAGGGUUAAGAGUCAUCCGGAUGUGGGUGAAAGGUGGUACCCGGAUAUUUUGAACGAUAUUAGAGAGCAGCAGGCUAGGGAGGCGGCGGAGAAGAAGAGAUUAGAAGACGAGGCUGCUGCUAAGAGUACUGCAGCGGGGAGUGAGGGGGUAGGUGUUAGCACGCAGGCGCAAGCAGUGGAAGCACACUGA